AUAAAAACAUCGGCGACCACGCGGACGCCGGUGAAGAGGUUCUAAAGUUGGAAAUUUUACCCGUAAACUCCACGUUUACACUGUUUUGUCGCUCAUAAAUCCUACAAUUCAGCGAAAUAAACAUGCUGAUGGCACAACAAGCGGCUCUCCAGGAGCCCGAGGAUGGUUCCGAUGUGGAAAUGGGGACAACGGUGGCGGAAGAAUUCUAUGCCGAUUCUAACGAUGAUUCCAGUUUCUCAGAGUCGGACUCCGACGAUGCGCUUCGUGAGGCACUCCGGAACAACCAGCUCAAACCGGGACUGAAUGUGAUCGAAACGAAGGAAUACCAGCCGAUCAAUGACACACCGAAGCUGAAAGCAGCGCUAGAGGCAUGCGUGCUGAAGGCGCCCUGGAUCGAACGUAUGGAUCUGGUGAACGACCUGGCCCCACUGACACCCGAGCUUGCCAUCCAGAUCGAGAAGCAUCAGCAAAAGCGUGAGAACCAGUUCAAAGGCAACCGCAAGAUCCCGUACGUCGCUCCUGAAGUGGAUCCCGUGUUGAACGAUUUCAAGCGCGAGAUCCUGUUCCACCGCCAGGCACAGGCGGCCACCAUCGAGGGUAUCCAGCGGUUGCACGAUCUGGGCAUCGCCACGAAGCGCCCGGAUGAUUACUUUGCCGAGAUGGCCAAAUCCGACGAGCACAUGCAGCGCAUCCGCAAGGUGUUGCUCGACAAGCAGGAAGGUAUCGCGAAGUCGGAACGUGUGCGGCAGCUGCGCGAGCAGCGACGCAUCGGAAAGCUGAUCCAGCGGCAGGCAACGGAAAAGCGCGAAGAAGAGCGACGCAAAACGCUCAGCGACAUCAAGAAGUUCCGGAAAGGAAAGCUGUCAAAUCUGGACUUCCUGGACGAUGACGAUGAGGGCCCGCGGGGUGAUUUCCGGAAGUCUGGCAAAAAGGGCACAGGCAAGAAAAAGACCGUCAGCGGGAAGCGGAAGGCGCGCGAUGCCAAGUUCGGCUUCGGUGGACGUAAGAAGGGGUCGAAGCGCAACACUAAGGAAUCAUCUAUGCAAGACGGUCCACGCGGCAAAAAGCGUGGCGGUGGAGGUGGAGGAGCUGGUGGUGCCAAGAAACGACCCGGCAAGAAUCGACGUGCCCAGUCGAAGAAUCGCAAGAAGUAGGCGCAUCAGGUAGAGUCUCGACUAGGAAUGGUUCGUGCCUGCUACGUUAAGAUCGGUUAACGGUUAAGAAAGCUACAAAAGUUUCCAACAAUAAAAUCCAAAACCCCUAUGUUAAUG